UAUUAUAUUGACAAGAUAGUCGAGCAACCACUCAACAAUGGAAAUAAUCCGAUUCGUAACAACCUAACCUUUACGAAACUAAUAAUAACUAAUAAUUUAUUUAAUUGCGAAAUUCGCAAUUAAAUGUUUUUGUUGACCAAAUUCGAUACUCUCAUUGACCUCCAUACAUAAAAUCCUCACUUCGUGGUUUUAUUUUCGUGGACAGAUUUUGGGCGGAGUAAACUCUCUUGCUUCGCCUCUUCCUCUCUGUCAAUGAGCGCUUCCCGAGGCAAAUCUAUGGCGCCUCACAUUCACGAACUUUAAGACCGGAAAUUAAUUUGAUAAACCAUAAAACAACACCACAGUUUUUGAGUAUAGAUGUGACUGGAGUGAAUACCACACGAUGAGCGGACACAUUUCAGGAAAAAAUGGUCCCCCUCUUCCUCUCCCCUCUCUGCGCCUCAUGGUUCCACCACUGCGGCUGGUCUCAGCAGCCAUCUGGCAAACGGUCCAGCAGAGACACGUGAUGGAUUAUGGGAUGCUGGAGGAGUUUGUUACCAUGGUCACAGAGAUGGUUCCAGAGCUUCUGAAUCACAGUCAGAGGGCCCAACUUAUUCUGGGUCUUCGAGCGCGGCUGGUCCUGGAGUUGUGUUCCUCCAAGCCAAUCACAGACCUCCAGACCAUUCAGCCACACCUGGACAGGAUACAGACCCUCACACCUCUCUGGGGGGGACAGGCGACAGAUGCAGAGGUAGGAUUAUCUGAAUCCAACUUUCUGGGGCUGGUUCAAACCCUUCUGAAAGACCCUGAUGAGAGAGAACAUUUCUUCCAGGAUGUUUUUCCUGUAGAAUUUGGUCCCAGUUAUGACGAAGCUAUCCAAAAACUCGUAUGGCAAUUUCUUUCAAGACUUGAGAAGCUACUUCCCGUAUCAAGUUUCCAACAGGCUUCCUCGCUGCUCAGCGAUGUUCCCUCUGUUCUGGAGGAAUGUGUUGAGUCUGUGUCUCACCCUCAAGAGUUGAAAACCGUGCUUCAGUACCACAGAGACCUCGGCCUGCUAGACAACCAUGAAAGGGUGGUGAUUUCAACAGAACAGACAGAGUCAGAAACACCAGUAUCAUCCUUGAAUGUCUUCAUGGAUACAUUCACCAAAGAGUUGGAGGUGGACUCUGCAACACUGACAGAGUACACAGAGAUGGAACCGGGGACAGGUAUGGAUGUAGUAGAAAGAGAGGAGAGCGUGGAAUGUGAGAGAAAGGAUAAUGAGGAGCAUGAUGAUGCAGAGUUUGCUGACCCAGAGACUGAAGAGGUGGAACCAGUGUAUGAAACUGUGACGGUUUUAGGGGAAGAUGGGACGAUGGAGCCUUUAGUCAAGAAGAAUAAGCUCAAAAGGCACAAAAGAGAGAUAAUUGAUGCCAGUGGCAUGCCUCAUGGAAAGAAACACAGAGAACCUAGCCCUGCACAAAUGAAAAGCAUAGACCUGUCUGAUAGGAUCAUAACGUCCAUGCUUCACAAGCCCUCAGUGGAGAUACAAAGGAUUAAUACCACUAACCUAACAUUGCCUUUAAGACCAGUGAGAAGAAACAGGGGGUGUAAGAUGAAGACAUUGCUAGCAGGAGAACGGAAACAAACCAAAACUGAAUUUUCAGAAGAGAAACGUAGUGUCUGCAAAAGAGUUAAAACACCCCAAAACCCCAAUACAUGCACAGUGUGUGGACGUGUCUUAUCCCGCUUUUCAGACAUGAAAAAGCACAUGCAAACCCAUAACAACGGUCGCACCUAUCAAUGUCGCAAUUGUCAGAAGACUUUCAAGCACUUGUACAAUUUGCAAACUCACAGAAAGUCAUGUCUGUUUGGAACUGGGCAAAAGGAGGAGGUUCCCUCUGGAGAGGGCAGUAGUGCUCAGUUUACUACGUGUGAGACAGAAUUCACACAAUCCUCUAUAGACCGUAGAACGUGCAAAGUGUGCGGCAAGAUUGUGCAUCGCAUUGGAUACUUGAGUACCCACAUGAAGAUUCACUCAGAGAAUCGCCACUAUUCUCUCGGAGAAGCGGAAACAGUCCAGAAACCGUCACCUGAAGGAGGGGACAAAGAGCCAUCCAGUGGUCUUCCUCUUGAGGCAACACCUGAGGACAGUGACUCGUCCUUCACCAGCAGUACACACCAGGACCCGUCUUACGACCCAGAACCCAGCCAGACCAAAAGACCCAAGUGUUCCAGCACAGCAAAGAAGCCUGACCGAAAAACCUUCCAAAAACAUAUUUGCCGUAUUUGUGGUAAAAGCGUGACUGCUGGCGCCUUUGAGUAUCACAUGAGAACUCACUCAGGCGAGCGCCCUUUCUCCUGCCCUCAUCCUCAGUGUGGGAUGAAAUUCAUACACAGCGGAGGUUUGAGGGCCCAUCUCAGACGCUAUUGCAAGGUUCAGACAGUUGACGCUGCUGAGCUCGACAGCUUCGACAUACGUUUUGAGUGUGACAAAUGUGAGAAGACAUUCACUAUCCAAUCAAAACUAAGGAAACACAAACUUAUCCACGGCCCGCUCUACUGCGCAGGGUGCAGAAAGGUAUUGCCUGACUUACAAACUUUAACCAGACACAAGCUCUGGCACCGGCCUGUUCAGUGCAGCAUGUGUGAGGAGAGCUUCAUGCUCACAAACCUCAGAACGCACUAUCUGGAUGUCCAUAAGUUCAGCGGGCCGUUCGUCUGCACCCAUUGUCCGAAAAGCUACAAGAAGUUCCAUUCCCUCAUCAAACACGAAAUGGUUCACACCGGGAACCUCCCCUUACAGUGCUCCCAGUGUCCAAAAAGAUUCAUCUACAAUUAUGACCUAGUCGAACACGAGAAAAGGCACUCUGACGACAGGCCUUGUCUCUGCUGGGAGUGUGGCAAGGCCUUUUAUACCAACAUUGACCUGAAACAACACAUGCAGAAUAGCCAUGGUGAAAAAUCCACAGAGUAUCGCUUCCCGUGCCGCCAUUGUGGGAAACCUUUCAGGCUUAGUAAUUCCCGUGCAAACCACGAGAAGACUCAGCAUGGUGGGGUGCGUUACCCAUGUACGUACUGUGGUAAGCAGUUUGUUUGUGCAGAUUCGUUGAAAAGGCAUGAUCUGAUUCACACUGGGGAGAGGCCUUUUAAAUGCAAUCAUAAGAAUUGUGAUAAGGCUUUCAGGUCGAGAGCUGAACUGAAGAUACACAUGAGAUACCAUACUGGAGAACGGCCGUUCAAGUGCAAGGUCUGUGGAAAGGGCUUUGUUCAAGCCAAUUUUCUCACUACGCACUACAGGACUCAUACAGGGGAGAAGCCGUAUUCGUGUUCCCUCUGUGACAAACGUUUUAACUACCAUGAUUCCCUGAAGAGACACAUGUCUACACACUCAAACGAGAAGCCUUAUAAGUGCCUGGAUUGUGGAAAAGCUUUCGAACGUAAAACGCUGUUGAAUGUACAUCAACGAUCAUGUACAUCAUAGUAUUGAAAUGUACACUUUUUUUGCAUAAUUUAACAUAAGUUGAUAACAGAGUUGAUAAGAUCGUGGCCUGAUAAAUAAUUUCCCAGUUUUUUGUUUAACACGGUCAAUCUGUAAAUGUUCUUCUUUUUCAUAUUACUGCAGUAAUACUUUUCUUCCAUAAGUGAAAUUUUAAUAAAAGUAGAAUACAAUACA